AUCAAUGAAUAAACAAACCCAUGAAAUAAUUUCUUCCAAUUUUCCAUCUUGCAAAACCAAUAUAUUAUCUCAAAUUAACCUCAUAAAAUGCGGAUUGCUGUUAUUAUUAUCCAUCUCUUGUCAUUUACCAUGACUCGUGCCGGUGCUGCUACCAAUGUCACGGAUCGACUAGCUUUGCUCGAGUUCAAGGCUAAAAUAACCAAUGACCCUCUCGGUGUCAUGAGUUCGUGGAAUAGUUCGCAUCAUUUUUGCCAAUGGUAUGGCGUCGCAUGUGGGCGUCGACAUCACCAGAGAGUUACGGAGUUAAAUCUAAACACUUGUAAACUUUCAGGUUCGAUAUCACCACAUAUUGGAAAUUUAAGCUUCCUAAGAAAAUUGUAUCUCGCCAACAAUAGCUUCAGCUACGAAAUUCCUCCGCAAAUUGGUCAUUUGCGUAGAAUGCAAGUUAUUUCUCUUUUCAAUAACUUACUUAGCGGCGAAAUUCCUUCCAACAUUUCUGCUUGUUCUAAUCUUGAUGUUGUGCAAUUAUAUGGCAACAAGCUGAUCGGAAAAAUCCCCGUAGAGCUUAGCUCCUUGACGAGUUUGAAAGAUUUGUCUUUGGGAGGAAACAAUUUAGUCGGAACUAUCCCUCUAUCGAUUGCAAAUCUAUCAUAUCUCGAGACACUCUUCCUGAGCCGAAACAAUUUGCAUGGAUCUAUACCUCGAUUCAUAGGUCAACUAAAGAAUUUGAGGAAUUUAGCACUUGGUGGUAAUCUUUUUUCAGGCACCAUCCAUUCUUCGAUCUUUAAUCUCUCUUCGAUUCAAGUUCUAGACGUGGGGGGCAAUGAUAUACACGGAACACUUCCGAUGAGCUUAGGUGUCUCUCUUCCAUAUCUCCAAUUCUUUUCCAUUAGUAAAAACCAAUUCAUUGGAUCCCUUCCAUCUUCACUUUCUAAUGCAUCAAACAUAAAAGUUUUUCAAGUCAGCCAAAAUAAACUUACAGGAAAUUUACCUUCUUUUGAGAAGUUGACAAAACUGUCAAUUCUUUUGCUUGAAAUCAACCAUUUUGGAAAUGGGAAAGAUGAUGACUUAAAGUUUCUACAUGGCCUGGCUAAUGCCACUGCUUUAAGAGUACUAGUUUUCGGCGUUAACAAAUUCGGAGGGAAGCUAUCUGAAAAAAUUGCCAACUUUUCACAAAAACUCGAGAUUUUCACCAUCGACAACAAUCAAAUAUACGGAAAUAUCCCGACAGGUAUAGAGUUCCUAGUAAACUUGAAUCUUUUUGAUGCAUCAGGGAACAAUCUCUCAGGUAUUAUUCCUUCUAGCACCGGAAAGCUCAGUAAUUUAGCAAUACUUUCUUUGUCCGAAAAUAAUUUUAUUGGAAAUAUUCCAUCAUCUUUAGGAAAUUUAACAAAUUUGAUUAGAAUUUAUUUACAUGACAAUCAGUUUCAAGGUAAUAUCCCUCCAAGUUUGGGAAAUUGCAAACAGUUAUUAUUGUUUGAUCUUUCCAACAACAAUCUUACUGGUUUGCUACCUCCACAAAUAUUUGAAAUUUCUUCAUUAUCAUUAGGACUUGAUUUAUCUACAAAUCGUUUGCAUGGUUCUAUUCCUGACGAAAUCGGAAACCUAAAACAGUUGGGAACACUAUAUCUUCAACACAACUUAUUGUCAGGUAAUAUUCCAAGUAAUCUUGGCAGAUGUGUAAGUCUAGAGACGUUGAUCAUGAGCCGAAAUUUAUUUCAAGGGUUGAUUCCUUCUUCUUUAAGCGCAUUGAGAGGCCUUCAAAUCUUGGAUCUUUCGUACAACAACAUUUCAGGACGUAUUCCAAUUUUCUUGACGAACCUUAGUUUAUCAAAGCUGGAUCUUUCGCAUAAUGAUUUUGAAGGUAUGGUGCCAGUUGAAGGAAUUUUUAAGAACGCAAGCGCAAUAUCAAUAGUCCGAAACAAUAGAUUAUGUGGUGGCAUAAAUGAUCUUGGCCUCCCGACAUGCAUAUCUGAUAAAGAAUCGAAAAGGAAACAACGACGAACUGUAAUCUUAAUAGUUUCAGCUAUUAUGGGAAUAGUAGCAUUAGUACUUGCCUGCUUAGUUCUCUGGUUUUCAAGAAAGCGGAGAAAACAUUCAGCGUCGUGUGAUUCUGAGAAAGCUAAUUUAUUGAGACUGUCUUAUCAGCAUCUCCUUAAAGCGACAAAUGAUUUUUCUUCGGACAAUUUAAUUGGUUCAGGUGGAUUUGGGUCUGUGUAUAAAGGAAUUCUUGAGCAAGAUGGAGGUGUAAUUGCAGUGAAAGUGCUUAAUCUUGCGCGUCGAGGAGCGUCAAAAAGUUUUCUAGCUGAAUGUGAAGUGUUAAGGAAUGCCAGACAUAGAAAUCUCGUAAAAGUACUCACUGCUUGUUCUAGUGUUGACUAUGGCGGCAACGAUUUCAAAGCUUUGGUUUACGAGUUCAUGGAUAACGGAAGCUUAGACGAUUGGUUGUAUCCGACUCAUCAUCCGAGGAAUUUAAACAUUGUUCAAAGAUUGAAUAUUGCGAUUGAUGUAGCUUGUGCACUAGAGUAUCUCCAUUGUCAUUCUGGAACGAUACCGAUCGUUCACUGUGAUCUAAAGCCAAGCAAUGUCCUUCUUGAUAAAGAAAUGACUGCACAUGUAAGUGACUUUGGGUUAGUCAAAUUCCUUCAUAAGGAGAUGAUUCGUCCUACUUCAAAUCAGUCCAGCUCUCUUGCAGCUAUUGGAACUAUUGGUUACUGUCCUCCAGAGUAUGGCUUGGGAAAUGAUGCAUCAACAUCGGGCGACAUAUUCAGCUUUGGCGUACUUUUGUUGGAGAUGUUCACAGAAAAGCGACCAACGCACGACAUAUUCAAAGACGGACUAAGCCUUCACAGCUUUGUCAAAAGAGCCAUGCCCGAGGAAGUGAUAGAAAUUGUAAAUCCUACUCUUCUUCAAAUGGAGGAAGCGACAUUGAGCCAUUUUUAUUAUUCCAAGAACAUUAUACGAAAAGAUAAACUCGUUGAGUGCCUGAUAUCAGUAUUUGAAAUUGGAAUAUUAUGUUCUUCUGAAUCACCGCAAGAGCGUUUAAAUAUUGGUGAUGUUGUUAUUCAACUCUCUUCUAUCAGAAACAAACUACAAAUGACUACAGGUUGAUUAUGGAUGGACAUAAAAUGCGAUCGAGUUGAUAUAAAGCAUGAGAUGUCUAUGGAGUUCUUAAAUAUUUUGGUUAGGACAAUAAGCCAGACUUGUAAAACAAUGUAAUUGUUAGUGUUACAAAUAGUAUUGUAUUAAUCUAAAAUUGUUAUCUUAUUAGAAAAUGUGUAAUAAAAGGCUAACUAUGAUUUUAAUAGAA